AUGGCAGCUCUCUCAAGAAAGUUAAGUGGCUCAUCCUCAGUCUUGGUCUUCCUCUUCGUGGUGGUGACCCUUGCACCGCGCGGCGAAUCGGCGAUCACAUGCGACACAGUCUACGGGGACCUGAAACCGUGUCUAAGCUACAUAUUGUUCGGCGGGAAUGUGUCGUCGGAGUGUUGCGGCGGGGUGAAGACGCUGGUUAGCGGCGCGCAGACGACGGCGGAUCGGCAGAGCGCGUGCUCGUGCUUGAAGUCCGUGGCUUCGCGUGCCGGUGCAGCGCAGCUUAGCCGGGCGGCUGAAAUCCCCGGAAAGUGUGGGGUGGAUUUUCCUUACAAGGUUGAUCCCAACGUCGACUGCUCCAAGGUCACGUUUGGCAUUUGA